CUUCCAACGCCCCAAGAUUUACGCUUGGGGCGUUUCUUCGAGCCCCGCGACCAACAACCAAUCAGAAUCUCCAUGUGAAUCUCCCGCCCCGGACAUACAAAGUGAAAAACCCCGGUUCUUCUCCACUAUUGCUAAAAUGGAUGCCGGUGUUGUAGCAAGGGUAAGCAGGGUAACUCGUGUGUGUGCAAGGUUGCAUUUAGUGUAUACAUUGUCUCGCAUGAGGCCGUGUAGUGUGCGUCGCUUCUGGGUACACCCGAUACUCCGAAAGCGUCUACAAAGGGGGGAAUACCACCUUCUCGUCCAGGAGCUCCGUCUCGAUGACCGCCUUUUUCAGAGGUACUUCAGGAUGAGCAAGGAGGUGUUCGACGAGUUGCUCGGAAAGGUGGGCCCACUGAUUACAAAGGUGGACACCCAUCUGCGUAUGUCAAUCGGCCCCGCCGAGCGACUCGCCAUCUGCCUACGGUACCUGGCAACUGGUGACUCGUACGCGACGAUAGCCUUCAGCUAUCGGGUCGGGCGUUCUACAGUGGCAGUCAUUGUCAAGGAGGUUGCGGGGGCCAUCUGGACCGCCCUGGUCGAGGAGUGCAUGCCGGUAGCACAGGCUCCAGCAAAUGCAGGUUCCCUCUACUUUAAUUAUAAGUCCACCCACUCCUUGGUACUGCUGGCUGUGGUGGAUGCUGAGUACCUGUUCAGGGUAGUGGAUGUUGGAGGCUUUGGGAGGAGCAGCGACAGUGGGAGCCUGCGGAAUUCUGCAUUUGGAGAGAGCCUCCGAGACGGCAGUCUGCAGCUACCACCUGACACCGUCAUCGCAGGAUCAGAGCGGCGGGGCCCUCUCCCCCAUGUCUUCGUUGGAGAUGAGGGUUUCACCUGA